AUGGCGGGCGCUAUCGACUUGUCGACAAGUGAAGGCCUUGUGGAGAGAAUAGCAGUGCACAAAGUCUCUCUUCUACUUGGCUGCUUGACACUGUACUUGCUAUUCUUAGUGACGUGGCGAUUGUAUUUGAGUCCUCUGGCCAAAAUACCAGGACCAAAGCUAGCAGCAUUGACUCACUGGUACGAGACCUACCUUGAGAUCGUCAAAGGAGAAGGGGGACAGUUCCUCUUCGAAUAUCGGAAGUGGCACGAAGUGUACGGACCCAUCGUUCGAAUCAGCCCAUCUGAAGUCCACAUACAAGACAAAGACUUCUACAGCGAGCUCUUUAGACUACCGUAUGACAAGCCACGUAAAUUGCAGUACCGCUUCAGUAAUCCGACCGCGACAUUUCAAACACCGGAUUUCCGAACGCAUAAGAAUAGACGAGCAGCUUUGAACCCAUUCUUCUCCCAAAAGAAGAUAGCAGAAUACGCUCCGGCCAUACAGAAGCGUGUUGAUAGGCUCACUGAUCGCUUGAAAGCCGAAUAUGCUGGCAAAGACCGCGUGCUGCACUUGAACGACGCGUGGGGAUGCUUGACGACAGACACCAUCAUCGCGUACUGCUUUGAGCGCGAAUACCACUUCACCGAAUCACCAGACUUCAAGUCAGACUUUGCGCAGGCAAUCUCAGAUCUCAUGGACGGCGUCCACAUGGUGACCCAAUUUCCCCUCUUACCGCGCAUCUUCCAGAGCUUGCCAGACUCCAUGGUGAUCGCAAUGCAGCCCGGCAUGAAGUCCGUCGUCAACUUCAACAACGUAAGCCAUCCCCUCCAUCCCCUCCCAGCCCAACCUAUCCAAAAUCCCCUAACAAAACUCCAAAAGCAAAUGCUCCUCCAAGCCUCCAACACCCUCAGCAACAAACACACCCCCUCCUCCCCCGCAAAAUCCCAAGACACAGUCUUCAACGCCCUCCUUUCCUCCACCCCGCCCCUCCCCGCCGACGAACUCACGGCCCCGCGCCUCCAACACGAAGCCAUCAGCCUCGUCGGCGCGGGGAUCGACACCACCAAACGCGCCCUCGUCGUCGCAAGUUUCCACAUCCUCGCCAACCCCUCCAUCUCCUCCUCCCUGCGUCGACUUGCAGCGACUCCCUAUUUGGGCGCGUGCGUGGAGGAGACGCUACGCUUGUCGUACGGGACGUCGCAGCGCAACACGCGAGUUUCGCAGACGGUAGCGACGAGGUAUAAGGGGUACAGCAUCCCGGCGGGGACGGAGAUUAGUAUGUCGACGUAUGCGAUGGCGCACGAUGAAGGUGUGUUUCCGGAGAGUUUUGCGUUUGAGCCGGAGAGGUGGAUGGGCGGGGGCGGGGGCGGGGGCGAUGACGAGAAGGUGUUGGGUAAGUAUAUGGUUUCCUUCGGCCGGGGGAAUAGGAUUUUUUUGGGCAUGCAUCUCGCGUAUGCGGAGAUUUUCUUGGGGAUAGCGACGCUGUUUCGGCGGUGUGAGAUGGAGUUGUAUCAGACGGGCAGGGAGGACGUGGAGUGUAAGCGGGAUAUGUUUAUGCCGAUGCCCGGGAGAGGGUCUAAGGGUGUUAGGGUGCUGGUGAGGUAG